GAGCUAGAGCUUUUGUGUAAAAUUAAAGCAGUUCUCAAUUUUCAAGCUGGAUAUAGUAUUCAAUAAGUACGAAUCUGAUGAUAUUUCCGUUUUUGGAAAAAUUCAAGAUGUUUAGAGGAAAAGUUGCAAUAAUAACCGGUUCUGCACAGGGGCUUGGGAAGGCCUAUGCCAAAUCCCUUCUUGAAAGGGAGAGCAAGGUUUGUAUUUGUGAUGUGAACAAAGCUGUUUUGGAGAAAACCUACACUGAAUUUAAAUCGGAGUAUGGAGAAAAUGUUAUAUUCCAGACUUGUGACGUCACCAGGACACAACAGUUAGAGGAACUUUUUAAGAAAACCAGAGAUGCUUUUGGAAAGAUCGACAUAGUUGUGAACAACGCGGGGAUUGUGGAUGAGAAAGACUGGGAGAAAUGUAUCGAUGUUAACUUGAAUGGAGUAAUUAGAGGAACAUUGUUGGGGUUAGAGUAUCUCAGGAAGGAUAAAGGUGGAAAUGGAGGCGUGAUCGUGAACAUUGCUUCUCUGGCAGGGGUGUAUCCUGUAAACUAUGGCCCGGCCUACGCAGCAAGCAAACACGGUGUGAUAGGAUACACCAGAAGUUGGGCUACACAUCCUGAGGUGAUAAAUAAUGGUGUUCGCUUAGUUUGCUUGUGUCCCGCAUUUGUCGACACAGAUAUGCUGAAUGUUGAAGAAGAAAAAGUUGUUGGAUCAGAAUUAAGCCAGGACUUCAUCAAAAUACUUGAUAUAAUGAGUAUUGAAGAGGUCAUCCCCGUGUUUGUCAAAGCCAUAGCGGAAGAGGAUAAUAACGGAAGCGUGUUUUCAAUCAGGAAGACGGGGGCAGAAAUCCUCAGUUUCCCCGAAAUAAAGUAGACAUGGGAAUGCAGAAAUUUAUUUUAAAAUUCAUUUUGCAAGAUAUUGCAAUUAUUUCCAAAUUCUCUGUUCAUUUUACAAAUCAUACUUUUAAUAACUUGCAAACGACCUAUAUAUGCAGAAUGUUUUUGUUUUUUUUUUAAAAACUAAAAUCGUAAUAAAUCGUUUAUUCACGACAAUGUUAUAUGAAUAAUACUUUUUAGAAUGAAUAAAAUUCAUAACAACAA